UCACACUGCGCGCAAAGGCAAAGGUAGUACAUAUACAAAAUUCAUUGAUUUUGUCAACGUAAAACACACAGCGCAUAGCUGCACAGGCAAAGCAUAUAAAGUGAAGAUAGUUAACUAAAUUAGGAACGCAGCUGGAACAAGGCACAAAAUGCAAGACAUGCCAGAGAGUAACAUACGACUAUUGUAAAUACACACCGAGCGAACGAACACCCAGCCAAGAGUAACAAAAAAAAUCCCAAUAAGAAAGAAGUGCAAGAAAAAGAGCAUACGGUGUAAAAGGAAAAAGCAAGCAAAAAGAAUUAAACAAUAUAUAUACGCAAAAUAGAAAAUGACAAUCGUUGUAGAAGAUUAAUUAUUGUGGCAAUUGUGGCGCACCAGCGGCCGGUCAUAAAAUGCCAAGGAACACUUGCAGGCCAAGUGAAUGUGUAGCUAACGGUAAUACUGGCAACAAUAACAACAACGGCGAUAAGGCUAACGGUAACCAUGAUGAUAGCAGCACAACAGCGGACAUCAGCGUCGUUGCCGCCGGUGCAGCCAUUGUUAAACAGGAAUUCGAUGCAGCACCUCCUGUAUGCCACAGAAAAUCGGAACGUCGAAAAAUCGCACGGGACAUUUUUCUGGUAUUCGAAGAGCAGCCCGCGCGUCGUCGUCGCGGUCGAGGAGGUGCGCGAGGCACCCGCGCCAAACAAAAAUUUGGUCACCUAAAAGUGGCCAAUACGCCGCGCAUCAACAAGAAUCUGUUGCGUGACAUUAAAACGGAACCAAAGUGCAACGCGGUAGCGAAUGUGGAACUGCCGGCUGCCAAGCCAAUAGAAGAGGUAGCGGAGCCGGAGCCAGAACUGGAGUCACAGCUAGAGCCAGAACUGGAGCCAGAACCACAGAUUCAGCUAGAGCCUGAUCAGCCGAGGGCACAGCUGGCGGCUGUGAAACUUGAAACCAAAACAGCAUCAAAUGCAAAAUCAGCAAUUGCAACUGCAACAGCAACAGCUGCAGUUGCACCAACAGCAAUUGCAGCAGCAACAGUAACAGUUGCCGCUGCGCCGGCUGCAAUUGCUGCUGCAGCAGCAACGCCUCAGCUCAGCCAAAGUAAGCAACUGCCGCCAGCAGCCCAACAGGCAGCAUCAACUCCAGCUCCAGCUCCAGCUUUAACUGCAACUCCGACAACGCCCAGCGUGAAUCCCAUAUUUCUGUGGGUCAAGCAGGACGAUACGCGCAUUGUGGAGGUGCGCUGUGAGGAUUACGAUAAACGCAAUCGCAUACGCCUGACCAAGACAACGAAUGGCUGGCGUUCUAUGCCACGUACUGAUGCCUCAUCCAGUCGUAUUGUCAAGUUCUUCCAUAGCACAGCGGCGGCGCCCUUGCUGAAGGUCAAGUGUGAGCAAUUGCAGCAGCAACAAUCCAUUGAACAGGAGGAAGAAGAAGAGGAAGAGGCAGUCGAACAGCAGCCGGAGUGGACUGUAGUGGAUCAGGAAGAACAGAAGCGGCAGCAGCUUCAGCAAGAUCAGGAACUCGACCAGGAAGAUCAGGCUGUCAUUGAGAAUGUUGUUGUUGUUGUGCCGCCUCAGCAGGAGGAACAACAGCCAGAGGAACAACACUCCGAGCAGCACUUGCCCACGGACGUCUGUUUCGAUGCGUUGCUCGAUAGCGAAACAAAUGCCUCAACAAGGGCCACUAAAACCAGCACCAGCAACGCCAAUACGCCCACAUAUCAGAGCUCACGCUCACGCUCUCGUUCACGUUCCCGCUCCCGCUCCCGGUCACCAACCCGAUCCCGUACGCCAACGCCCACACCACUGGAGCUGCAACUGUGUCCCAAGACGGGUCUGUUUCUGCCCAAAGGAGCUGCAGGUGCAGCAAUCGCAGCAGCAGCUGUAGCAGCUGCUGAGAUGCCACUCGCUGAAGAGGAAGCGGCGCCGGAACUAGAGACAGCUCCAGCAGACCAGGCGAGCCUCGAAGCGAAUAGCAAACAGCUCAAGGAUCUGCUAGAUGAUGCUGAUGAUCUGCUGCAGAACUGCAGCAGCGAUAAUGGUAGCAAUGGAGCCGAGCUGCUUGAUUCACUGGUGCAGCGUGGUUGCGAAGAUAAUCUCAUGGAGCAGCAACAGCUGCAGCUGCAACAACAGCAAGGAACGACAAAUGGCACUGCCGGCCUGAGUUCCUUCUGUGUGCCAGAUGUGGCUGGCAAAGAGCUGCCCAGCAUUUUGGGUAUGGAUAGCAGCGAUGCACCCAAGUGCCUGUCCUUCAAUGAGGCCGGCGAGAUCGAAGGACUCAAUGGUGAGCUCUUCCUGGGAAUUGAUAGCUUUGACAAGCAACCAGAAGCUGAGACGGAGGCGGAUGCUGUGGCAACUGUCCUGCCCGACAAGGAGCAGCAACAGCUCGAAACAAUUAUUGUUCCAGAUGAGACGCCCAAAGAUUUGAGCUACAAGAAACGUGAAGAGGUGUGCCCGCCCUCGGAGUCGCGUAGCCAAUGCGCGGUGACCUCCAGUUCGGAUAUACUGAAAUCGAAAUCGCCCGAUCCCGAGCUGCUGCCGAUGCCAGCGACUAGCAUACCAGCCGAGGUGGAGACCACCUCGGAGACGAUCAAGCAUCUGAUAUUCGAACAGUUUCUCAAAUUAAAUGGCAACGCCCAACAGCAGCAGCAGCAGGCGGAGCCCAUGGAUUUAGGCAAGGCAACGACAACGCGAAGUGUGGACAAGCUUCACACAGUGGUCAUCGAUGAUGAGGAUACAGACGCAUCGGAGCCACUGAAGAAACGAUCCAAGCCCAUCAAAAUGGACAAGGAUCCGGAUGCAUUGACCCAACUGAAGAUGCUCUUGAGUAAUCCUCAGUGGAAAGUACCCGAUCCCAUACUAGUGCCAAAGGAUCGUUUGGGAGCGGUAUUGGCAUCGCCUGCUCGAGAGAUACCGCUGCUGUUGACCACCAGGCCAGAGUUGCGGCUACCCGAGGCGUUUGCAUAUCCAGAGAUAAUACAGAAUCCCAAUAUAUUGGUUGUCACCAUGGAACAGCUGGAGGCCAUACUCAAAAACGAUUCAGAGCAAUCAUCUAAGUCGUUGAAGCCAGGCGAUGCGCUGGCUGUGCCUGCCCAUUCGCCCGCCUCCGUCUCCGUCAUCCCUGCCUCGCCCCGCCCUCAGUUGCCGUUGCCGCUACCACUGCAGCCCAGCAGCAAAGCGGCAGCUAGUCCCAGUCCUAGUCCUAGCUUGUUGAAACAUGCUGCGGCAGUUGCGCCGAAAGCAACGCCACCUCCUCCACCGCCGCCCACGCAGCUGCUGGCCAAGACGAGCUCCACGGCAGCGCCUCAACCAUCGCCAGCGGCAGAUUCGAGCAUGUCGCAGGAGCUGAAUGCCACAACGCUUGCGCUACUACAGCAAAUGCUCUGGCUGCCGUACUUUGGCCAACUGUCGCAGGAAUUCUUUAAAACCCUCAAGGAUCCACUGGGAUUGCAACGCAAAUUCAUGAGUAAUCUGCUCCCUUUGUACAACAGCCAAUUUGGACUGCAGCAUCUGGAUGAGCUAUACAAGCAUUGCCUCAAGCAGAAGUCCAACGCCAGCGAGGAUCAGACGCCCGCCAAGCAACAGUCAGCGACGGCUGCUUUUAAUGGCUUCUCUAAUCCCAUGGAGUUGGCUUUUAUGCAGAAGCUGCUCCAGCAGCAGCAGCAGCAGCAGCAACAACAACAACAAACACAGCAACAAUUGCCCAAGGAACCGCAGGAACUACACCUGGAGCAUAAGCGUGCUAGGCGUGAUCCUGCGGAUACCACGCCGCUGCACAUACCCGACUUCAGCAAGCAACUGCCAAAGGCAAUGCCCCCUGCUGCUCCAACUGCCACGCCCGCCACACCCAAUGCAACAACGCCUGCACACCAGCAGCCAUCGGAGCAUAAGCCGAGGCUGACCUGCAAAUCUCUUUCCAAUCUGCUGGAGCCGGAGAGCAAUAUGGUGCCACUGUUGCAAGUGCCCUUCGAUGCACUGCGUCGCAAUUCAAUGCACAAGCAAUCGACGCUCGAGUUGGCCAAGGAGGCGAAUACCGGGCGCACGUUGCGCAGCAGCAAGGCUAGUGUCACGUACAAUCCACUCGACCAUGUCAAGCAAUCCCAGUCGCAGUCGCAACAACAACAGCAGCAACAACAGUUGCAACAACAGCAGCUGCUGCAGCAACAGCAGCAGCAGCGCAAACGCGGCAACAUGUUGGCCCACGACGUGCAACAGCAGCAACAUUUGGCAGAGGCUGCGGCCGCAGCUGGUGGUGCCGCCGGACUAGAUGCUAACUCGGCGCUGUGGCAUCCACUGUUUGGCAGCAAUCCAAAGCAGGGCUACAACAGCCCUUGGCAAUGGACAACGGUGACGGCAACUGGCGAAUGACAGUCAAGCCGGGCUCACAAGGAGCCAGCACCGGUGGCAAAUAUGGCCAGCAAUAACAACAAUAAUAACAGCAACAGCUACGAGGAGCAACAGCUGGAUUA